GACCAAAUACCUUCUGUUAUCAAGGGGCAAGGUCUUACUUGUGUCAAAACCAUAGUAAAUACAAGCGAAUGACUUUUUUGCAUAUUUUUAAAAUAUUUGUUGAAAGCUCAUCUUUCUUUUAUUGUAGGAUUAGAUGACACAAAUACUGUUUAUUUACCAAUAAUUUGCUUGCUGAUUGUUCUCUGCUCAUUCAGCAACAUUUGAAAUUAUAAAUCCUGUUGUUCCCGUGGAAAAUCCCUGUAUUCAAGUAAGCAGCAAGCUACAGUGUGUCGAGCACUGUAGAAGGGAAUUUUCUUAGAUGCGUUGAGUUUUGAGAUAGCUUUCCAUUGUGUUUAAUGAUGCCACUUCUUAGACCCCAUGGGAUAACUUGAGUGCACAGUCGUGGUGCCUAGGAUAGGAGCUCUUGUGGCAAGUGGAAACAGAGUGCGUAAAAUGCCGGGACCAACCGAGUGUAGAACUUCUUACGAUUUAUUGGGAGGGAAAGCAUUUCAUUGAUUUGGGUACAAGCAUCAUGGCAGUGCUGCACCUUGUAGAUUUACUGACCUUGUUGAUUGUGUGCGUGUGGAGUUUGCUGUCAGGCUUUAGGCUCACACAUGAUCAUUAAUUAUCAACCAAAUAUUGAUGGGGGUGCUUCCCUAGAGGCCAGCUGUUUAUAAUUUUUGUAUUUAUAUGCAUGUUUGAUGGUCUGAUGCCCGUUCAUCCUUGGCAUUUACAUGUCUACAUGGUAAGAGAUUUGUAUAAAUUCAGUGUUUUCUGGAUGAACUUUUUUGUCUGUUCGUGAAAUGAAGAACACAAGUCUCGAUGUGUGAAAUCCCGUUUACAUUUCAUGAAAAAUCUCUUUGUUAUGCCUUAUGUAAAGCAGGUCAAUGGAAAAGUCAUCUGUAAGAUGUCUUAUCAACAGUAUUUCUCGAUUCAUGCAUCUCGUUUCAUGUCAGACAAAGAAGUAUUUGCCUAUUCAAAAGGAUUACGAGAUCAUGGUUAUAAUGUUAAAGCAUUUGAAACCAGUGCUUGAUGAAGUUGAUGAUUACAACAUAUCUUCAGAUGAAAUCCCAUGUAGAGAGUGUGAAGAACUCGAUGCUGCCGUUAAUGAGGCUCGAGAAUUUAUGGAGAAGUGGUGUCCACAGAUGAGCAGGAUUUGCAGUGUCCAGCAAAGUGAAGCCCUAUUGAAGAAAAUCCAGAGCUCUGCCCUGGAGAUUUGUCAAGCAUUAUGUAGAUUGUUGCAUGGUUCUCCAACCACUUCUAGUUUAACUAUUGUUCAGCACUGUAUGCAGGAACUUAAAGGUUUGAAGCAUGAAACAAUAACAGAGAUUAUAGAAGAGGCUCUGAGAAGUCUAAAAGAUGAUGUUGUUCCUUGCACUGAUCAUCUUAUGAAACUUAUCCAGACACUUAGUUUAACAUCAAAUCAGGAACUCCUGAAAGAAAGUGUGGCAGUGGAAAAGGAGAGGACAAAUGUUCAUAUCAAUAAAGCAGAAGGGUACUUGUAUCAAAUUGACCAAAUUGUGGAUCUCAUCACUCAGAUACGUAGUUGGUUGCUUAAAGUUGAGCACCGUGAUCCAAAGAGUGGUGCCCCAAUCCCUCCAUACUUUCGAUGUCCGUUAUCAUUAGAGCUCAUGCUAGAUCCUGUGAUCGUGGCUUCUGGUCAAACUUAUGAUAGGGUGUCCAUCCAAAAGUGGCUUGAUCAUGGGCUGACCUUUUGCCCUAGGACCCGUCAAACACUCUCUCAUACAAAUUUUAUUCCCAAUUACACUGUCAAAGCCAUGAUAGCAAAUUGGUGUGAGGAAAACAAUGUAAGAGUUUCAGGCCACUCUGACUGUAAUAAUCAUGUCUUAGCCUCAUCACAUCAUGAUUUAUUGCACUUGGAUAGUUUUCGUAACCGUUGCUCUUUGCACAGAAGCAAUUCUACGUCAAGAUCAUCUGUUGAAGUUGGAAAUGGAUUUGAGAAAAAGGUCAUUGGUGUUUCAUCCAGGUUAAGUGGUGAAGAAUUUAACCGUUAUAAUGUCAUGGGGACUGAAAGCUUUGAACAUCCAUCCCAUGGACAUUCAUAUAUACAUAGCAGGAGUGAAUCGACCUCAAGUGCCAUUUCCAGUAUUGAAUAUGUGCCUCCAGUAUCAGAUGAGAUGUUGAAGCUAUCAACCAAGCAUGACAAUGUGAAUGACUUGUCAGGAGAGAUAACAUCUGAAUGCCCUGCUGCGUCUCCUUCAAAUAACAUAAAGGGAUCGUCUCCCUGCUCAUCAGGAAUGCAAUUUCACAGUCCUAAAACACAAGUAGAUAUGGCCAGCAAUGGAAGCCAUAACUAUAGCAGAACAAACUCCCUUCAGUUUUCUGACUCAGGAUCUCAUGAUCUAACUAAGACUUCUCAAGUCAAGAAGUUGGUUGAAGGGCUUAAAAGCCAAUCAAAUGAAGUAAAGACUAAAGCAGCUGAAGAACUAAGGCUUCUAGCAAAGCACAACGUUGAGAAUCGCAUCAUUAUAGGCCAUUCUGGUGCUAUCAGACCAUUACUUUCAAUGCUGUCCUCAGAAGUGAAGCUAACCCAGGAGCACGCUGUCACAGCCUUGUUGAACCUCUCAAUCAAUGAAGAGAAUAAAGCCAUUAUUGCAGAAGCAGGAGCAAUAGAACCAAUUAUUCAUGUUUUAAGAUCAGGAAAUGAUGGCGCCAGAGAGAAUUCUGCAGCCGCUCUAUUUAGCCUCUCUGUUUUAGAAGAAUACAAAGCCAAAAUAGGCCGUUCAGGUGCAGUCAAAGCCUUGGUGGAUCUUCUUGGCUCUGGGACUUUAAGAGGAAAAAAGGAUGCAGCCACUACCUUGUUUAACCUUUCGAUCUUUCAUGAAAACAAGGCUCGUAUAGUUCAAGCUGGAGCUGUGAAGUAUCUUGUUGAGUUGAUGGAUCCUGUCACGGGGAUGGUUGACAAGGCAGUCGCUCUUCUUGCAAACUUAUCAACAAUCGGCGAAGGUCGCAUGGCCAUUGCAAAAGCAGGAGGCAUCCCAUUGCUGGUUGAGGUUGUUGAAUCAGGAUCUCAAAGAGGAAAGGAGAAUGCUGCCUCCAUACUGAUGCAGCUGUGCCUUAAUAGUCCCAAGUUUUGUACCCUUGUUUUGCAAGAAGGGGCUGUUCCUCCACUUGUUGCGCUGUCCCAAUCAGGCACCCCAAGAGCGAAGGAAAAGGCACAGCAACUUCUCAGUCACUUCCGUAGUCAGAGAGAAGCAUCUGCGGGAAAGGGUAGAUCAUAGAGACAAAUUUUGUUAGAUUUUUUUCAUAUAUAUAUUCUGCCCCGUGUAUUUUUCUGCAUGAAGAUGAUCCCUGGGAAAUAAUCUUCCAUGUCUCUAGUCUUCAGCCAUAUUUAUUUCCCUGGGAGUCAUGAUUUAUUUUCAAUAGGAAAGAGAGGAGUGUUAGUGUGUUGGUUAGGAUUAGUUUUCCCAAGAAUAUAGCUUGUCCUAGUAUUCUGUGUGUGCAGUCACUGGAAGAAAAUUUCUUCAUUUUCUUUGAUUUUGUAAUUUCAUAAGUUAUUCAUAAUGUACAUAUCUUGUAUAUAUGUUGGAAACAGAGGAUAUUGAGGCCAUUCGAUUGACAGAAAAAUAUCUGAUUUUUGAUGGAUUAACUAAUAUGUUAUCGUGCAAGUAGUUCACUAGGAGGCACUGCAUCAGUAUCUGGUGCAUGCAUUCUUGAUGCAUGUGGAUAUUGAAAUAUGAAAAAACAGCUGGAAAACGACGUCCAUCUGCGAUUUGGUGUUGCCCGCAGAUUAGCAGAAAUAUGCUUUGUUAAUUCAGCAACAAAGGUGCUGCUCCUUGGUGCUGGGAAGUGAUAACCUGUUGGAGGCUUUCUUCUCCAUGUGACUGCUUUCUGGCUGUUGUUGAUUUCUUGUGCACGCCUUUUGCUCUCUUCCCAUUUUUCUCUUACCUCCAAAACAGAGAAGUCGAUAGUGAUGAGAGCCCUUGAAAGGUACUCUCAUUUCUCAGAAAUUUAUCAGAGAACAUGGGAGAGAAAAAUGAAUCCCUCUCAAGAUUCA